CUUUACUCCGAUGUAGUUUUAUCUACAACAUCUUCCUUAAGCGCUUGAGUGACCACAGUUCCUUCACCAAAAAAGAUUUCAAUGGAUUUGACAUAAAGAACACAAGAACAGCCACACACAAGAACAGCCACCAUGAGAUGUGGAGUCACGACUCUUGUCAUUUUCCUGGUUGCUAUCACACCCACAUCAUGUUUGAAUAGUGCAGGCAUGGAAAUAAUUGAAAUGACACAGGCACUUAGCCCUUCACCCACAGUACAAUUCCCCUUUGAUCAAAACUCUGUCAUAAAUUCAGACACAACAGCUUCGACCACAACAGAAGUCCAGACUGUUGCUGCCUUUACAACACCAUCCCCUCCUGUCAGACCAAUUAGAUUGGCAAAUGAAAUAACUACUGUUCUUCAAACUAUUCUUGGACAGCUUCAGCCAUAUCCUACUAAUACUGACACUACUACAGCAGUAGCACCCACUGCAACAGCAGCAGUAUCGAACUCUGUAGGUAAUACUACAGCCUUCACCAAUACAACCAAGGUCACUCUCCUUAUUGACACAACCAAAAGUACAGAGCACAGCAGUACAGCUUUCCCCACCACUUCUACACAAGGCACUGUGACAGCUGUCCCUGCUGUUGAGAACAAUACCCAAAGCAGUACAACCAUUCAGAAUAAUGAGGCUUCAAACACUAUUACAAUUCUAGAUGCAUCAGAUGGAAUCAAGGCUACGACACUCAGCAAUUUAAUGACGCCUACCCCAUUUACCACUAUAACCAACUCUGUCCACCUUUCAGAUACGGGAGAAAGUGAAGCAAACACUGAGACAAUGUCCAUCACAUCUCCUAUUGAAAAGACUUCAAAAAUUUCAACUCACACAACUCAACCUAUUACGGCUUAUCCCAGUCUAUUUAUCAGCACAAGUGUAUCUCACAGUGCAUCUUCAUCUACAAAUUCUGAGUCUACUAGAUAUGAAUCUACCACUAGCAAUAUUACACCUACUGCUUCAACAACAACAAACAUAGCUUCAAGUCCCAUGAUUUCACCCAUAACUUCAUCCUUUAUGGCCAUACCCAUCAUUUCAACACUAAAAACUACACCAACUACUUCAGUCCACACAACCUCAUCUAUAACCUCAGCCCCUGUGACAUCACCUAUAACUGACAGAACUAUUACCACAACAUCAGCUCCCCCUUCACAUAUUACUUUACAACCAAUAUAUACAGACAUCACUUCAGUUCCCAUAACUAUGCAACCUAUUACUUCAGCCACUACAAGUACAGCUACAAGUUCAGCCCCUACAACAACAUCCAUAUAUUCCAUUGCAGCUAAUACUUCGCUACCAUUAGAUAGAACAGCUUCAGAAAAAACUGCAGAGUUUAUGACACUAAUGACCACACAUAUAUCUUUAGCAAGUGUGAAUACACCUACACCAUCAUCCACCACAACUAUACCCAUUACUUCAGUCACCACAACUGCAUCCAUGGCUUCAAACACCAUAAUUACAAGCAUAAAUUCUGACCCCAUUACCAAAAGCACUGCUUUACCUUCUACAAGCACCAUCACCACAAAACUACAUAUAACUUCAUCCCCUUCCAUGGCCAACAUGACUAAUUCAGGUGUAACCACUGAAAAUGCAAAUUCAGAAUUCAAGACUACAGACACCAAAGUAGCCCAUACAACUACUGUCAGAGUAUCAGUCCCCAUAAAUAUAUUCAUGACAUCCAUUACCCCAGUUCCUACGGAAACAGAUACCAUGUCCACAAACAUCCCCUCUGAUUCUUCUACAACAAUAAUGACAGCUUUAGCUCGCACAGCUACAUCACUAUCUUCAAGUCCUACCAUGAGACAAUUCAUGACUUCAGCUGCUGUUGCUACACCUAUAAUCACAACCAUGAAAACUACAUCUACACCUGCUCGUUUAAUUCAAACCAUAAUUCCAGGUUCUACAGCACAAGUCCUAACCUCAGCUGAGACAACUACAAUACCUGUACCCCCAAUAACUAAAACCCCAUCCAUGCCCUCAACCACAAACAUUUCCUUAACACCCAAAACGACAAGUAGCACAUCACCGCCCACAACUAAACACACAAGCUCAGCCUACACACUUAUACCACAAUUUUCAACUCCCAUGCCUCCCCAAUCUGAAACUACCACCCCCAUAUCUGCACGCAUCAUUUCAGGCACUGAAGCUGCACUCAUACCUUCAGCCUACUUCAGCUCUUCCACCUCCUCAGCAUCAGCCACAACACAGACCAUAACGACUACACCUGUGUCUCCAAGUUUCACACCAACACCAAAACCUUCAGUCCCACAGACUACUUCCCUAACUUCAACUAUCCUGAAUGUACCUCUGACUUCAUCCCCCUCAACUAAUGUCAUGACAUCAGUUUUUGAAACCACACCUUCAGUUCUGACAACCACCAGCAUUAGUUCAGGCUAUACACGUAGAGACACAACUUCAGAAUCAAGUAGUAGUGUCCAUGAUUUUUCCACAACAUUUUUGACCCUCUUAGCUCCAACAAGUGCACCUGUAGCUACAGCCCCCAGAACAUCACAUGCUGUUUCACAAAAAGUGUCAAAUACCCAAUCCACAAUCACAAUUCCUAUUACUCCACUUGCACCUUCGACCACCACUACUACACCAAUAACCACAGGCCCCAUAAGUACAGCUGUACAUCUAAGCCCCAAUACAGCAAGUAUUACUUCAAAUCCCAUAACUGGAAACCCUUUUAUUACAUCUUCAUCCACCCUGCAAAACCUAAAGACUUCUGCUUUUAUGACUGAAUCUAUCAUGCCAUUCACUUCCAUUAAAUCACCUAUUACUUCAACCUCCACAGCACCCAUAACUUCAACCCUCACCCCAACAUCAGACCUAACUACAACAUCCACAACUUUGCUCAUAACAUCAGCUUUUACAAAUGAACAUGCAUCACCUAUUACUCCAACCUCUACAGUUCCUGGCAUAGCUUCAGCCCUCACCUCAACACCACCCACACCUACAACAUCCACAACUUUACCCCUAUCUUCAACACCAACUACAUCAUUCAGUACUCCAACCACUACAAAUACAUUGAUGAAUUUAACCCCCACUACCCCAGCCAUCCAAACUUCACUCAUAUUUCCAUCCCAAAUGACUACAUCAUCCUCAAAUCCAGCCAGUAUGACUGUUUACAUAAAUACAAACCCCACUACUACACCCAUGUUUUCCCCCUCCUUGACUACGCCCAUUACUUCACCUCCCUUGUCUAACGCUAUAACUUCAGCUGCUUUAACUAAACAUACAGCUACAUCUGUAGUAGGCAAGGACAUUUCUUCAGCUGUGACAGAUGCAACUACCAUAACAUCAGCUCUUACAAAUGAGCAUACAUCACUUAUUACUCCAAAAUACACAGCUCCUCCCAUAGCUUCAAUACUCACCCCAACAAGGCCCACACCUACAACAUCCACAACUGUACCCCUAUCUUCCACACCAACUACAUCAUUCAGGACGCCAAUCUCUACAAAUAUAGCUUCAGCUGCUUCAACUAAACAUGCAGCUACUUCCAUAGCAGGCAUGGAUAUUUCUUUAGCUGUGACAGACACAAAUACCAAAACUCAGACUCUUGAAAAUGAGCAUACAACUACAGCCACAACCUUUAGUUCACUUCCCAUAACCACAAGCACCAUUUCAAGGCCUACUGCCACCAGUAAAAUGCCAGCCUUCACAACGUCUGUCACUUCUUCAUCUCCCCAAACCUUAUCUAGGGCCACACACUCUACAUUUAUGAGCAUAACUUCAGCCCCUAUGACCACUGAAAUUACUUCUAUCAUAACAACGCCAGAGGUUUCACAUUCUGUGACUCCACAAUCCAAAACUCCAAUUCUUACUUCUACACUUGUACCUUUGGCCACAACUACUGCACUCAGAACCUCAGCCGAUAAGACUUCAUUAUUUUCAGAACCUACAAAUACAAACAGAAUUUCAUCCACCACAUAUUUUGCGACAGACUCAGUUUCUGCAGUUUCAGAUUCAAUUUCCACAGUUACAGCAUUAAAACCUGCAGCCUCAACAACUACAUCAUUCACAACUACAAUUCCCACAACCACAUCCGUAAAUACAAGUCCCACUUCUACAAUUAACUCUCCAUCCACCGUUAUGAGCAUGCUUUACACAUCAGACAACAUGACUGACACAGGUUCAGUUCUCACAGAUAAACAUAAAACUACAGUCGAUUCAACCCUUUCUUUAGUUUCACCAUCUAGCAUGACUUCAGUGUUCACAACUACAAACAAAGCUUCCCCAUCCACAACUUAUGUCACUUCUUCAACUUUGAAAACUGCAUCUAUGGCCUCAGCCCCCACAACUACAAGUAGUACUUCAGUUCCUAUGACCUCUAAAACUACUUCUGCCUCAGUGACUACAGCCAAGGUUUUAAAUCCUGUGACUCCCCAAUCUAUAACUGCAGUUUCUAUUACCACACCUUUGGCCACUACUACUGCACUUAGAACCUCAGCUGACAGGACUGCAUUAUUUUCAGAACCCACAAAUACAAACAGAAUUUCAUCCACCAUACAUUUUGUGACAGACUCAGUUUCAACUUCAGCUCCAACAGGUACACCUAGAGUCACACCCCCCACAAUUACUGCAAUUUUAGGCCCCACAACAAGUACUACUUCAAAUCUCUUAACUGGAACCCUUUUGACUACACCCAAAUAUUCAUCCAUCCUGACUAAACAAAAUACUUCUCCUCUUAAGACUGACUUGUCACUCACUUCCAAUGUAUCGCCCAUUAAUCCAAGCUCCACAGCUCCUGCUAUAGCUUCAACCCUCACCCCAACACCACCCAUACCUUCAGCAUUAGCUCCAACAGGUACACCUAGAGUUACAUCUCCCACAAUUCAUACAAUGUUAGACUCCUCAACAAGUAUUACAUCGAAUCCCAUAACUGGAACCCCUUUAAUUACACUCACAUCUUCAUCCACCCUGAAGACACUAAGGACGUCUGCUACAUCACCUAUUACUCCAACCUACACAGCUCCUCCCAUAGUUUCAACCCUCACCCCAACACCACCCACACCUACAACAUCCACAACUUUGCCCAUAUCUAAAACACCAAUUACAUCACUCAGUACUCCAACCCCUACAAAUACAUUGAUGAAUUUGACCCCCAUCAAUUCAGCCAUCCAAACUUCACUCACAGCAUCAUCUCAAACAACCAUAUCAUCCACAGCUUCAGCCACUAUGACUGUGUCCAAAAAUACAAACCCCACCACUACACCCAUAUCUUCAUCCUCUUUUAUUACACCCAUCACAUCACCUCCCUUGCCAAACAACACAGCUUCAGCUGCUUCAGCUAAACAUGCAGCUACUUCCAUAGCAGGCAUGGACAUUUCUUCAGCUGUGACAGACGCAAAUACCAAAACUCAAGCUCUUGAACAUACAACUAUAGACAUAACCCCUUCUUCACUUCUCACAACCACAAGCACCAUUUCAGGACCCACAGCUACAAACAAAACACCAGCCACCACACCCUCUGUCUCUUCUUCAUUUUUUCAAACCAUAUCUACAGCCACAGACUCUACAUUUACAAGCGUAACUUCAGCCUAUGUGACCACUGAAAUUACUUCGGUCAUGGCAACACCUGAGGUUUCAAAUUCUGUGACUCCCCAAUCCAAAACUGCAAUUCCUACUUCAAUACUUGUACCUUUGGCCACAACUACUACACUCAGACCCUCAGCUGACAGGACUACAUUAUUUUCUGAACCUACAAAUACAAAGACGAUUUCAUCAACCACAAAUUUUGUGACAGACUCAGUUUCAACUUCAGCUCCAACAGGUACACCUAGAGUCACAUCCCCCACAAUUACUGCAAUUUUAGGCCCCACAACAAGUACUACUUCAAAUCUCCUAACUGGAACCCUUUUGACUACACCCACAUAUUCAACCAUCCUGACUAAACAAAAUACUUCUCCUCUUAAGACUGAUUUGUCACUAACUUCCAAUAUAUCACCCAUUAAUCCAAGCACCACAGCACCACCUGUAACUUCAACCCACACUCCAACAUCCCUCAUAACUACAGUGUCCACAACUUUGCCUAUAUCUUCAACACCAACAACAUCAAUCAGUACUCCAACAACUACAAAUACACUGAUGAAUUUUACCCCCAUCACUCCAGAAUUCCAAACUUCAUUCAUAACGUCAAACCAAAUAACCAAAUCAUCCACAAAUACAAACCCCACUACUACACACAUAUUUUCGUCUCCCUUGACUAUACCCCUUACAUCUCUUCCCUUGGCUAAUACUACAGCUUUAGCUGCUUCAACUAAACACACAGUUACCUCCGUAGUAGGCAUAGAAGUUUCCUCAGCUUUGACAGAUGCAACUACCAUAACAUCUGCUCCCACAAAUUCACAUGCAACUACAGCCAUAACUGUUUUUUCAGUUCCCACAACCACCCACACCACUUCAGAAACAAACAAAAUUCCAACAGACACAAUUAAUAUCAGUCCUACAGCUCACAAAACAGCAUCUAUGGUCACAGCCCCUACAACUACAAGUAUAACUUUAACCCCUGUGACCUCUAAAAUUACUUCUGUUCCAAUUUGUACACCCACGUUUUCAACCACAUUGACUCCCCAAAGUUUGACGACAAACACUAGGACAACAUUUGAACCUUCCAUUUCAGCUUCUAUGACAAUACCAGUAACUUCAGAACCUACGACAACACCAUCAGCUUCUGCUUCCAUAAAUACAAAAUCCACCUUUACAACCAUAUUACCUGGUGUCACUACACCCAUACCUUCAGAAGCCUUGACUACAACCAGAAAUUCAAAUCCCUCAACAACUCUGAGAACUUCAGCCAGAAGGAACACAUCUGUGACAACAGCCCCUGUAAAUACUUCCACCAAUUCAGCUGCCACAAAAAUACCUACAGCUACAGCACUGACAAUAAGCGUUCCUUCAGUUUCCAAAACCAGUAGCCUCACUUCUGCCCCCUCAGGGACACACCCAACUUCAGUCCUCACAACUAUACCCAUACCUCCAGCUCCCAUGACUACAACUGGAUUCUCAAGCACCAGGACUCCAGUCAUAUCUCCUGCUUCUAAUACUGCACGACCCACAACUUCAGCAACUGUUGCCCCUCCUUCUGCUGCAGCUUCCCAAACUGUACAUACUGCAACCGCGGCCACAAGUAUAACUCAUACAGCUACGUCAGUCCCCAUCACUACACCACUCAAAGCCACGUCCUCCCCUUCCUCAGCGUCACCUCUCCUGCUGUCUUCAGCUACCAGAGGAACCGUUGUGUUUUUUACAAAUGCACCUACACUUGCUGUCAUUACCCCAAUUACAUUUCAGCAUCCAGUUGUAUUUCGUGAAACCUUUUCUGCAAGGAACUCUGCCUCUACUUUGGCCACCUCCUCC